AUGGAAUCAAAAGGGUGUUUUGGUAAUUUACUUGAAAAAUCCAAGCCUUACAUAGCCAUGAUAUGCUUGCAAUUUGGUUAUGCUGGAAUGAACAUCAUCACUAAAGUCUCUCUUAAUAAAGGCAUGAGCCAUUAUGUGCUUGUGGUCUAUAGGCAUGCCUUUGCUACUAUUGUCAUUGCCCCAUUUGCCCUUGUUCUUGAAAGGAAAGUGAGGCCUAAGAUCACAUUCACAAUUUUCAUGCAGCUGUUUGUCUUAGGACUUCUUGGGAUGGAGAAAUUGGACUUGAAGAAAUUGAGGUGCCAAGCAAAAAUAAUUGGGACAAUAGUAACAGUUUGUGGGGCCAUGUUGAUGACAUUGUACAAAGGCCAUGUUUUGAACUUGUUUUGGUCUAAUUACAUUCAUACUAACACACAAAAUAAUUCUAAUAAUGUCCAAUCUCAAGACUCUGAAAAAGAUUGGUUUAAGGGCUCAAUUCUCCUCAUCUUUGCCACACUUUCUUGGGCUGCUUUCUUCAUCCUUCAGGCAAUUACAUUGAGGAAAUACACAGCUCAGCUUUCACUAACAGCAAUAGUGUGUUUUUUGGGAACACUUCAAUCUAUUGCUGUGACAUUUGUUAUGGAGCACAGGACAAAAGCUUGGGCUAUUGGUUUGGACAUGAAUUUAUUAGCUGCUGCUUAUGCUGGUAUAGUUUCAUCUGGUAUUGCUUACUAUGUGCAAGGUGUUGUGAUGCAGAAAAGAGGGCCUGUUUUUGUCACAGCAUUUAGUCCAUUUAUGAUGAUUAUUGUGGCAAUUAUGGGCUCUUUCAUCUUGGCUGAAAAGAUUUAUGUUGGAGGGGUUCUUGGGGCAGUGUUGAUUGUAAUUGGGCUGUACUCAGUUUUGUGGGGAAAAUACAAGGAAUAUAAAGAGAAUGAGGCAGAGGAAAUUCCAGAGCCUGUGAAAGGGGAUAUAAAUAAAAAUGCAAUAAUAAUUGAGGAUAUUGAAGCAAAUAUUGGUGCUCAGGUCCAGAAAAAAUGAAGCAAAAAAAAAUAUGAAUGAGCCUGUCAUGCAGUACACAGUUGUACUGUGCAAGUCCCAAGAGCUUCAGGGAAGAGUAGUAGAAUGAGACUAUGAGAGCAUAGAUAAAUAUAAUCUUCUCUUUUGUUUUCAUUUUANAUUUGAAGAUCAAUUUUUGUGUCCUUUUUU